AUGGGUCAGUUCUUGCAGCACCAAAUGUUUCCUCCCAUAAAGCUGUCUACUCUUUGUCUCCCUCUUCAUUCUGGCAAUCUUGAAGUAUUAGAUCCUUCUAUACAACAAGGUGCUCAUCAGCUGCGUUGGUUACGUUCUCUCUGUCUCUCUUCUCACUUUACCUCUGGCUUAGUUGCUUCUGCAACAUAUUCUCUGCUAUUGAUAGACUUCCGCACGACUUCUUCUCCCUUGCCCCCAACAUUGCUACGUGUUUGGCACUUCCCCUCCGCUCAGUAUGCCUACCAGCCACAAACACUAUCUCCUUCCUUCCCUUCUUGCGACACCUCCGCAUUGAAGAUGCCUUUCUUGUUGACUCUUCUUUUGACAUUCUCUGCUGUUGAGCGCAGGCUGAUUUCCCAUGCAACCCACUCAUAUUGCGCAAGUUUUUCAAGAGAGUUGACUCUUGCAAUAUCUUGCUAUAACCUUUCCUUGUUCUUGCUUUCCUCCCUUCUCAUAUCCUUCAGCUCAAUGACCCUUCCAUUCCUUCCCAUUCAGGUUUAUCAAUCAAUGCUAGCCCUUUUGUUUGCAGUCUCUUACCUGGAAUACCAUGGUCUACACCACAAAUUGUUAUCCCACUCCCUGUUGCAUUGCAUACUUCCUGACCCCUUCCCCAUCAACUCUUGCCCCAUUUGUGAAGCCUCUACAGACACACCCAACCAUUUCCUCUUCUCCUGCCCCCUCAAAAUUGACGUUUGGUCUACAUUCUGGCAAGAUGUCUUUGGAUCUCAUCCUACUCUUUUUAUACUCCAUGAUGCAUUUUACAAUCUGUCUUUCCCCUAUACCCACCCCUCUGAUAUUCAUGCUGCCUCUCUCUUUAGCUGUGCCCUUCUGGCAAUCUGGCAAUAUCAUUGGGUCAUGGUAUUUGACAAUACAUCUUUUGUAUCUUUCACCAUUCUAUCUACCGCUUCCCGCUUGGUUGCCAUAUUUAAGGCUGAAAAAUCUCUUGAUGACCUUGCCUGUUCUCUUGCUACUUAG